UAAAAACUAAAAGCAUAAUAAACAAAUAUUUUUUGCAUAAUAAUAUCAAUAUGCAUUUUUGAUAAGAAAAAUUUUCAAAUUGAUUCAAUUUACUAAUGAAUGUUAAUCAUUUUUACCUUGUCUUUUAAUUUUAUGUGAAAAUAUAUAUAUGUUACGAAAAGCAAUGGGUGAUAUAGAUGUAAAAGCUGGAGUUUUGUCGAUUUUAAGUCGAGUUGAAGCAGCUUAUGCAAAAAAAUCAGAAAAUUCUCAACAACCAAAACCACUAUUAGUAGCAGUAAGUAAAACGAAACCAGUAGAAAUGAUUAUUGAUGCCUAUUCAGUCAAUCAAAAGCAUUUUGGAGAAAAUUAUGUUCAAGAAUUAGAAGAAAAAGGAUUUAACGAACAUAUUUUGCAGAAGUGUCCCGAUAUUAAAUGGCACUUCAUAGGACAUUUACAAACUAAUAAAAUUAACAAGGUACUAAAAGUUCCUAAUUUAUAUAUGAUAGAGACAGUUGAUAGUGAAAAAUUGGCUAAUUCGUUAGAUUCAGCUUGGGGAAAAUUGAAUAAGCCAGACAAAGAACCUUUACGCGUUUUGGUUCAGGUGAAUACAAGUGGAGAAGAAGGAAAAAAUGGUAUUCAACCAAGUGAUGCUGUUAAAUUAUAUAGUCAUAUAAAAGAUAAUCUGAAAAAUUUAAAUGUUAAUGGCAUUAUGACAAUUGGUGCAUUUGGUCAUGAUUAUUCAACUGGACCUAACCCAGAUUUCAUCAGUUUAAUGAAAGUUCAUAAAGAAUUAACUGUAAAGUUAAAUAUAGAACCACAUCAACUUCAAGUUUCAAUGGGAAUGUCAGAUGACUUUGAACAAGCUAUUGAGGCAGGAAGUACAAUUGUUAGAGUUGGAAGUUCUAUUUUUGGCCACCGUGCGAAGAAAAUUUAAAUCAAAAUUCCAUGUGUUUUAGUUAUUUUUGGCGAUCGCCGAAAGAAAGCUUAAAUCAAUUGCAACUAGAUACAGAGGCAUAUAUGUACAUAUAUACGUAUAAUGAAACUGCAUGCUAUAUUUUUUUCAAUAAUCCAAUAAAAAACCUUGUAAAUAUACUAUACGUUGAAAUAAAGGACUAGUUUAGAAGAUUA